AAUUAAGAGUAAAUUGCUAAAAUCGUCCCUGACGUUUGUUCACAUUUGCUAGAUCCAUCCAAAAAAAGUUUUUUUCUCAUAGGAACCACUGAGGUUUCAAAAAAGUUGCUAAAUCCAUCCAAAAUGACUAAUACCCUAAAAAUACUAAAUUUAAAGAGGGGUAAUUUAGUCAUUCUCCUAAUUUAUUUAAUUAACCCUUUUUUAAACAGGUUAUGAAAUGCCCUUAUAAACAAAACCCUAAAACCUUUUCAGUCGACCUCAACAUACGGUUUGUUAGAGAACAAGUUAAACCAUGAAUGACGACUGGAGCAUCUGGAAUAUUAGAGAGCAAGAUUCGUAUUUCAAUCCAGAAACCAUGAAUGACGACUGGAGCAUCUGGAAUAUUAGAGAGCAAGAUUCGUACUUCAAUCCAGAAGUUGAAUACGAUAAUCACCAUGAUUUCUUCACACUGGAAUUUCAUCAUGGUGGGAAAUUUAGUGAUUUUUCAAACUUAAGAUAUGAGGGAGGUAACCUGACAUACAUUGAUAAGGUUAAUUCUGACCUUUUUUCAGUGAAUAUCAUGAAUGAUAUGCUGAUAUCAUUAGGUUAUUCAGAAGAAGACAUAGUAACAUAUCAUUUUAAAAUCCCCGGAGAAGACUUGGAUUUAGGUUUAAGACCAUUAGGAACUGAUAGUGAUGCUCUUAAGUUGAUAAAGUAUGCUGAAACUACUAAAGUGAUUGAAGUAUAUGUUGAGCACUUAAACACUUUUCCUAGAAAGGAUGUGAGUCAUGAAGAUUCCGAUGAUAUGGGUAAUGGGAGUGAUAUGGGGAGUGAUUAUGAUUCUGAUUCUGAUUCUGAUUACAUAGUGGACGAAUAUAACAUAGUGGAAGAUGUUAAUGUGAAUGAUAUGGAUGAGUUUAGAGCUACAGUGGUUACCGAACAAGGUGAAGUGAAUGAAGAGGAUGAAGAUGUUCCUGAAAAAGAAAUUGACGAUGAUGAGUUUGAUAGUCAAGUUGACUCUGAUGAUGACACUCCAUUGGAACAAGUUGUUAGGGAUGUUAGAAAGCAGAAAAAGAAGUCAAAACCAUCUAAGGAUUUCCCUUUUUAUAUUGGGCAAUCUUUCAUUGAUAGAGAAUCCUUAACUGAUUUUGUUAGAUUACAUGCUGUUAAGUCUAGGAGACAGUUGUAUAUUUCAAGAAAUGACUUUAGAAGAUUUCGUGUGAUUUGUUUGGGAGGGAAUCUUACACUUGGUAGUUGUGAGAAUAAAGGGGAUGGGACAAAUGUUUGUGGCAGUUUAGCAAAAUCCAAAGCACAUGACAGGAAAAAAAAGGGUGGGGGCAAUUUAGUAAAACCAAACCCCCAACCUAAAAAAGCAAUAUCCAAAACCUAUAUGCCCAUGGACCUUGCAUAUUUCAAAGAAGGAAAAACACAACCAUUGGGUUGUUAAAACCUACAUUAAGGAGCACACAUGCCUGAAUAGCAGAGUUGUUAAUUUGUGCACAGUUAGUUGGUUGGCCAAGCAAAUUGAACCAACAAUCAGAACCAAUCCAAGUAUACCACUUAGAUCUCUCCAAGAACAAUUGCAAAAAAAAUAUCAGGUACAAGUGACUUCUAACCAGGUAUUUAGGGCUAAGAAUAUAGCAACUCUGUAACCUGUGGUAUUUGCAAAAGUAAAGGACAUAACAAGAGGACUUGUGGAAAUGGUGCUGGAACAAGUGGUGUUGCUGGAAGCUCAAAUGGUGCUGGAACAAGUGGUCGAGAUGCAGCUUAGAAGUGUUAUUUUGGUGGUUGUUUAAUUUUUGGUCAGUUGGCAUGUAUUAACUGUCAGGGUUGUAUUUUUACGUGUCAAACUGUUAUAGGCAUGUGGUUUUUUGGCAUGUAUUAACUGUUUCGAUGGUAUAUUUUUGGUCAGUUGGUAUA